UCCCUCGCCCUGCACCCCGCGCAAACGUGUUGGAGUACUGUGGCCAGGCUGCUCCUCACGUCAUCCAGACAGACCCGCGAGGAGGAGGCGAGGAGCUCCUAACGAGCUAAUAUGGCGGACCUCGAGGCCCCGUCCGGGCUGGCCCUUGUCCCGGGCGAAAAGAUCCUCGUGACCGUCGGGUCGGCACUGCCGGACAUCAUCGUCGUCAUCUUCGAACACGGAGCCAAGACCUUCCAGGGUGCCUUGCUUGACGCCACCAAGAGAGGACUUCCUUGCGGGGUGCAACCACCAGAACCAGUAAGUGGUCCUGACGGCGAUAAACUUGCUUCGAUUGCCGCUCGCUUCAGUUAUUUCCAAGAAAAAAGGCAAGCACUAGCGGCGAAGGCCGAUCUUCGUCGAAAUAUAAAUCCUCCAGCGAGAUACAAAAAUGCCAGACCAACCGUUCGUCUUAGACCAAGGCAGGUGCUUUGCAGCAAAUGUAGAUCGAUUUGCAACGAAAAUAGCGAGAAUGUCGAUGUCAGCAAAAAGCGAAAGCUCGAGACACAAUCAUCGGAGCCAACAGCAAUGCCAACGCGAAAAAGUGAUCGUCGAUGUGUUCAACAACCAACGCAAUCAACGCCACAGAAAAGUCAACAACGACUCUUGUCUGAUUCAACAAAAAUGAGAGCUUCUCUCAUUCCAAAAUUGUCAAGGUUGCAACCCAGCGAGAUGAAUGCCGGUCCAAUGAAAGUUGCAUCCAAAGCAUGUUGGAGUGAGAGUGAAGAGACUUCAAAAAUAAAUGGCGACGAAGAACCAGUGGAAACUGAAGGUGUUCCCAUGGAGAUGGAAAGUAAUCCAACAGCAGCGUAUUGCGCCACACCACGAAGACUGAGUAGUUCAUCAGUUGAAAGUGCCAAGGUACCGGACGAAGAAGAAAAGAAAACUCUAGCGGCGGCCGAUUCAACAAUGAGGCUUAAAACGGGUAGAAUACCAAGGAAGAAACGUUCUGUGGGUUCAAUGGAGGACCUUUGGGAUGAAUCAGUCUUUGAAGAUCUCACGAGGAUAGCCAAGACAACUCCGGUGAUAAAAAUCUCUUACGGAGCUCAGGGAGAGGGUACAGUAUUGAAAAUACCCUCAAAAUUACAAGAGCCUUAUCAACAUGAAGGUGAUACCGAUCAGGAUGACCUUCAACUCGAAUCCGACAGGGAUCCACUUGAGUUACCAAAAACAUUUGAAGGAACUGAUUUAUAUUCAGCCGAUGUGGAGGAAGAUGGUCAGGAACAAGUCGAUCCACAGAAGCAAGGUGUCAAAGAUGCAAGUGCAAAAGCCGCUAAGAGAGCUUUGAAAAAGGCAAAAAAAGAAGCGAGAAGAAAAAUGCUUGGCGGUGUUUCACCAGCGAGAUCACCAUGUAAUGGUUCUCCUAGGUAUAAUCCAAAUUACGAUCCCUUAUCGUAUCAUCGUCGAAAGCACAAAGUGAAACACAAGAAGAAGCACAAGGAAGAAAGAAAGCACAAGAAUCAAUCACAGCAAUCGUCAUGCCUCGACGACAGUGAAGAGAAUCAGCAAAAUUGGAAUGUUUUGCCUGGAGGAGUAAGCGGCGGUGGUGGUGAUACUUAUACUGCGAUCAAAGAGCAGUGCCUCAAGCAAAAGCUCUCGAUCUCCCUCAAGAGACUGAAUACAAAUGCUUACGCAAGAUGUGACUAUCCAGUAAGUAAUGCAUCCUCAGGUUGUAAGAGUCCUGGUGCAAGUAGCGACGAGCUCAGUGAACAAGAGCCGGAAGUUGACGCUGGAGAAACAGCUCCAGAUUUUCCACCUCCGUCUCAUCCACUUGUGAUGCGACUCGCCGCUACGCCCGUGCCACAUUGUUUAACUGCCAAUGGCCGAAGAAUGGAUGUUGGCGAUGUUGUUUGGGGGAAAAUUCAUGGAUUUCCCUGGUGGCCAGGAAAAGUUCUCAGCAUCACAGUAUCCUGUAAAGAAGAUGGUACAUCUUCGGGUCCACAGGCUCAUGUUGCCUGGUAUGGUUCGUCGACAAGUUCUCUCAUGUCGUGUGACCAGCUUAGUCCAUUUUUAGAAACAUUCAAAACACGGUACAACAAAAAGAAGAGAGGCCCUUAUAAAGAGGCAAUUCGACAAGCACAAACUGAAGCCCGUAGCCAAGUGACACCCAAUCCUGUGAAUCCUGCGAGUAGUGUAAUAUGUGGAUCACCUCGCGAGGUGAAUGUUUUGUCAUAAAUGAGAAUUUUCUCAUUAUCUUACUGCCGCGUGUCUGUGAACGAGAAUACGAGUUUUAACUGACAAAACGGAAUUGUAAUGUAAAAUAACUUUUGUACAUAAAAAAAAGUAGUUUAUGAAAACAAAAAACAAAAAAAAAUUGUCACGAAAUCGUAGUCGUGACGUUUCUUUUCUUUUUUUGUUUUGUAAUUUUUUUUUUUUGUUUUUGUUUUAUUUUUGGGCCAAAUAAAUCAUUUUUUUUGCGCAAAUCAUGUUGAAUUUGCCUUGCGAAUGAUAAUAAUAGAAAUAUCUUUAUAAAGAUUGAAAAGCAACGAGAUUCAAUCAUGGCCAUUUUUCACUUUUACUGUUUACAAUGGAAAAAAAAAUCUUCGUAAAAACAAUUACUGUGAUAAACGAAAGAAGUUCGCGCAAAGACACACAUACACAUAAUAUUUCUCUUUAAAGCGUGAUACUUCAAAGCAUUUUUUUUUCUCUCUCAAUAUAUAAAUCGCCGUAAUAAUAAUUCGAAGAUUAUUAUACUGAAUCAUAUUUAGAAGCUGAUUUCCGUUUUUUAUCAUCUUAAAGAUUCACCUAUUUUUAUACAUAUAAAUUUUAAUUUAUGCAUAUUAUAUAAAUUCUAGAGAUGCAUCUAGAAUAAAAAAGAAAAAUCGAACUUUUUUUUGUUUAAAGAAAAGGAAAAAAAGAAAGGAAAGGGUAGAAAUUAAAUUUUUACGCUAUUAGAACGCUUUCAAAAGAAUAUUAAAGAGACGAAGAAUAAUAGAAUACCAAGUAAAACAUAAUGUUUUAUAAAAGAUAUUCUUUUUCAAAUUAUUCAAAAAUUUAUGUCAUAAGUAAAUAAAAUUUGUUUUUUUCUUCUUUUUUUUAAUUCUUUUUAAGAAUGUUUAAUAUUAUCGAUGUUACCAAUUUGUUAAAAUUGGAAGAAAGAAGACGAGUUUUUGAAUUUAGUCAUGUUUUGUGGUGUUACUUAAAACGUUUGUAUAUUGCAAUAAACAUGAAUCAGACUUGAGAUACUUAUCAAACAAUCGUAUUGAUUAUUAAACGCGCAAUCUCGUGUUUAUCAGUAAAAAAAACCAAUAAUCAGUACAGUUGCGAGUUCACUAUAGAGUGUUACAACUUUUCACUGUAUAUAUAAAAAAAAAAGUGUUAAAAAUUCAAAUUAAUACAAAUUUCAUUGAGCUGCGUUGAAACACAAGAGAAAAUGUUUUCUUGUUACACAACAAUAUUAAUGUAUCGAAAAAAAAGAUUUCAAAGUGUAUAACAAUAAAUUAAAAAAAAAAAGGUUCACAAUACAUUUGGACAAGUUAUAAAAUUAGAAUCAAUUAAAAAAGCGACAAGUAAAUCUCGAUGCAAGGUGAAUAUCAGUUAAUGAUGACAAAAAAAAAAAAAAAAAAACUGCAGUCGCGAAGCAUUUUUCUAAAACUACGUUUGCUACGCGAUUGUACCUCGUCGAUGAAAUGUUUUAAGUAACUGUGAUUUUUUCAAAUGUUUUUAUAUUAAAUAUAUAUAUAGUAUAUAUACAUAUAUAUAUAUAUAUUAUAUAUUAAUUUCGAUGUUGCUGUGUUUAUACGAAAACGUAGCUUUUCUAGACUAACAUAUCGGUAACGUAUAGAUGUACGUGCAAAAAACCUAUCCGUUAUGGAGUUUCAAUUGUUGUUCUAGAUUAUGAAAAAUGCACAAAAUUGUCAAAGCCAAUUAUAAGGUUUGCUAGACUUUUGCAUAAAGGAAAAAAAAAACCUCGUCUAGAUAGUCAAAUAAUUUUUUUUCCAAUUUAAUUCAAUGAAUUUUUUUUAACAUUUAAGAAGGUUCGACCCAUUAACAUAACUUCAAACUAAAAUGUAAUUUUUAACAGAAAAAUGUAUUUAAAAUUGAUUUUACUCAAAUUCAAAAGAUCCAGUUGUAAAAUUUUCAAAAAAAAAAUUAUUUUCAGUUAAAAUUUAUCGUUAAAUAAUAAGUAAUAAACAUUUUGUGUUUUUACCUUAAAGUUAGGUGAACAAUUCUAAUUUUUAUUCAUUUUCUAUUCACAGAAAAAUUUUCUACAAUUUGUUUUGAAUUUUAUUUAAAAAAAUUUUUCUUCAAAAGUUUAUUGAAUAAAUAAAAUUUAAUUAUUUAAUAAUUUAUUAACCAAAUUAAAUGAACAGAAUUGUAGAUAAUCUUUCAGAAAUUAAAAUGAAUAUAAAAAUUGGAUAAAAAUUUUAAUUGUUCAUUAAAUUUUAAGAAAAAACACAAAAUGUUUAUUAAAUUAUAUUAUUUAACAAUAAAUUUUAAAUGAAAAUAUAUUUUUUUUUAAAUUGUACUUUCGAAUUUAGAUGAAAUCAAUUUCAAAUAUAUUUUUAGUCCUAUUAAAAACUAUAUUUAUUAGUUUAAGGUUAUAUUAAUGGGUUGAAACUCCUUAAUUUAAAAUUAAAAUUUUCAAUUUUUUAUUUAAAACAUUUAAAAAUUAUUUUCCAAAUGAAUGUAUAUUUUUUUCAUUUAAAAUUUCUUUUUUGAAUUAAUUUUCUUUUCAUUUUUAUCAUACAAAAUUCGAUUGUCAUACUAUUAGGACGAUUUUCAAAAUUAUCCCUGAAAAUUUUUUCGUAAUUUUCUAAGUUUGCAUCAUAUUUUCUUUAGUGACUGUUUUAAAAAUGAGUGUCAUAUAUUACGAAAUGUAAAACACUAAAAAAAAUCGCAUUAAGUGUUUAUUUUGUACUACAGUCCACCAAAAAUGGUUUAGUGAACGUGUCAUAAACUUGAGGUCACAUUUUACCUUUUUUUUGAAAUUCUAAUUUUUUUUUUUAAUUAUACAAAGUCUACGUUAAUUAAAUUAUUAUUCUCUCAAUAUACAAUUGAAAUUCUUUUUGUUAUUUAGAAUGGAAAAUUGUAGUAAAAUAAUAGUAAAAAUUAUGCUUUCACAAAAUUUAUAAUAAAAAAAAUUAAAAAUUGUACCUAAUGUGAUUUCAGGUGAUUUGACUCGAUACCUACUGUACCUGAAAUGGUCGAGGUACACAAGUAACGACCUAUAAAAAUUAUUACAGAAUAACAGUAUCAAUUGAACAGUUUACCUAGAGUGUCAAAUUAAUCUCCAAAUAUUCUUUUUCUCUGAUCUGCACUUUAUUGAAAAACAUUAAAAUAAGAUGAAAGAAAAAAAAAGAAAAAAGGACAGAAAAUUGUAAUAAAUAGUAAAAAUUACCCUUUCGAAGAUUUACAAUUAAAACAAAAAGUUUACAAAUUCAAUUUUUUGGUAAAAUUAAAAAAUUCGAAAAUAAAAUUUGUAUAAAUAAAUUGAAUUCAAAAAUUUUUUAAAUUAAAUUAUUUAAUAAUUAAAUUAGUUAAUAAAAACCAAAUUUUUGCCUACAAAUUUUUCUUCAAAAAAAUUGUUGAUCAAGAAAUGUUACAAAAAAUUUUUUAAUAAUAAAUUUGCAUAGAAAAAUAUUUGUUUCUUCUAAAUCGUUGAUCAUAAACGUUGGGAAUUUAACCAACGUGAUAUUUCAAAUAAAUUAUUUACUAUUUUAUUUCAAAUUACAAUGCAAAAUAUAAUUUACGAUUAUAAAGAAAACAAUUUUCAAUUUAGUGCAAAUCGAAAAAAAAAAUUUUUCACAGUUUAUAUAAAUGUAUUUGGAGAAAGUCGUAUUUUCACACUGGUCAGUUCAUCGUCUUCCAAUUUAGAAUGAUUUUCUUUUUUUUUUUUUUUUUUUUAAGAAAUAUUAUAAUAAUGUAUAAUUGUCAUGCUUGUACUGCAUCUAUAGUACACGUUUUUGUAUGUUCUAAGUAAACACGACAUUCUUUUUUUUUUGUCACGAAUAUUUUCAAAUGUUAAUGUAUAAUAUUCUUUGCAUCGAAUGAACAGAUAAAGAGAAAAAAAACAGAAAAAAGUUCUUUCUUAGUGUGUAUAAAAAAAAAAAUAAAUAAAAAAGUGAGCCUUA